GAUCAUCUAUCUGUAAUUCAGCAAAAAAAAAAAUUAAAAAAAAAAUCAUCUAUCUGUAAUUCAGCAAAAAAAAAAUCAUCCAUCUGUAUUUUGUAUUAUUGCUUUCUCUUCCGACAGUUGACCUCAAUUCCUUCGAUGGAGUUCGCGUCUUCUUCAUCACCCUUCUCAAAAUCCAAACCCCAAUUCAUGUACGAUGUGUUCAUCAAUUUCAGGGGAGAAGACACCCGUAAGAAGUUCGUUUGUCAUAUCUAUAAGGCCCUCUCAAAUGCUGGAAUCAACACUUUCAUUGACGAGGAGAACAUACAAAAGGGAAUGACGCUGGAUGAACUAAUGACAGCAAUAGAAGGGUCUCAGAUAGCAAUAGUUGUUUUCUCCAAAACCUAUACUGAAUCUACCUGGUGUCUUCGUGAGCUUCAAAAAAUCAUUGAAUGCCACGAAAAUUAUGGGCAAAGAGUCGUGCCCGUAUUUUACCAUAUUGACCCAUCCCAUAUACGUCAUCAGGAGGGUGAUUUUGGAAGUGCGUUGAAUGCAGUUGCAGAAAGAAGACAUUCAGGAGAAGAUCUGAAAUCUGCCUUGUCCAAUUGGAAGCGCGUACUAAAAAAAGCUACAGAUUUCUCUGGUUGGAAUGAGAGGGAUUUCAGGAAUGAUGCUGAACUAGUGAAGGAAAUUGUUAACGAUGUUCUUACUAAACUGGAGUACGAAGUCUUGCCUAUUACUCGAUUCCCUGUUGGAUUAGAGUCCCAGGUGCAAGAAGUGAUUAGAUUUAUUGAAACAACCACAUAUUCUUGUAUCAUAGGGAUAUGGGGAAUGGGAGGAUCGGGUAAAACUACCACAGCCAAAGCCAUCUACAAUCAAAUUCAUCGUUCAUUCAUGGAUAAAAGUUUCAUUGAGGAUAUUAGAGAAGCUUGUAAAAGAGAUCGAGGGCAAAUACGUUUACAAAAACAACUUCUUUCAGAUGUUCUAAAAACAAAGGUGGAGAUACAUAGCAUUGGGAGGGGAACAACUGUGAUAGAGAACAGACUUUCUAAAAAAAGGUUACUCAUUGUACUUGAUGAUGUGAAUAAGAGUGGCCAAUUAAAAGCUCUAUGCGGAAAUCUUCAAUGGAUUGGUGAAGGAAGUGUAAUAAUCAUUACAACUAGAGAUAAACACCUGUUUACGGGACUUAAAGUUGAUUAUGUUCACGAAAUGAAGGAAAUGCACGCAAAUGAGUCCCUUGAACUUCUUAGUUGGCAUGCUUUUAGAGAAGCAAAACCAAAAGAAGACUUCAAUGAACUUGCAAGAAAUGUAGUUGCUUAUUGUGGAGGACUACCACUAGCACUUGAAGACCUUGGUUUAUAUUUAACUAAUAGGACUACAAAUGAGUGGAGAAGUGCAUUGUCAAAACUAGAAACAACUCCCAAUCCUCAUGUUCAAGAGAUAUUAAAAAUAAGCUUUGAUGGGUUAAAUGAUGAGAAGGAAAAAGAUAUAUUUCUUGAUGUAUGUUGCUUCUUUAUUGGUAAAGACAUAGCCUAUGUUACGGAGAUACUAAAUGGUUGUGGACUACAUUCGGACUGUGGAAUACCAGUCCUCAUAGACCGUAGCCUCAUAAAAGUUGAAAAGAACAACAAACUUGGAAUGCAUAAUUUGGUACAAGAAAUGGGAAAAGAGAUAAUUCGUCAAAGUUCAAGAAAGAAACCUGGGAAGCGCAGUCGACUGUGGUUUAAUGUGGAAGUAGUUGAUGUAUUGACAAAGAAUACUGGGACAGAAGUUGUUGAGGGAUUGGCUCUGAAAUUCCAUGUCAACAGCAGAAAUUGCUUCAAAACUUGUGCUUUUGAGAAAAUGCAGAGAUUGAGACUAUUACAACUUGAAAACAUACAACUUGCUGGAGAUUAUGGGUAUCUUUCUAAGGAGCUGAGAUGGAUGUGUUGGCAAGGGUUUCCUUCAAAAUACAUACCUAAAAACUUUAACAUGGAAAAUGUGAUUGCAAUUGAUUUAAAACGCAGUAAUCUUAGGCUAGUCUGGAAAGAACCCCAGGAUUUGGCAUCGCUAAAAAUCCUCAAUCUUAGUCACUCCAAGUACUUGACUGAAACCCCUGACUUUUCAAAACUACGAAAUCUUGAAAAGCUCAUUCUCAAAGAUUGCCCACGUUUGUGCAAGGUACACAAGUCCAUUGGAGAUCUCCGCAAUCUUAUUCUGUUAAAUUUGAAGGACUGUACAAGUCUUGGCAAUCUCCCAAGGAGUGUUUAUAAGUUAAAAUCUGUGAAAACUCUCAUCCUUUCGGGUUGUUCGAAGAUUGACAAAUUGGAAGAAGAUAUAGUGCAGAUGGAAUCCUUGACAACACUAAUUGCUAAAAAUGUUGUUGUGAAAGAAGUACCUUUUUCAAUAGUAACCUUAAAAAGCAUUGAAUAUAUAUCCCUAUGUGAAUAUGAAGGAUUAUCGCAUAAUGUUUUUCCUUCUAUCAUUUUGUCUUGGAUGUCUCCAACAAUAAAUCCCCUAUCUUAUAUUCACCCAUUUUGUUGCAUAUCAUCAUUUCUAGUUUCCAUGCAUAUUCAGAAUAAUGCUUUUGGGGAUGUAGCACCAAUGCUUGGCGGCCUUGGAAUUCUUCGUAGUGUUUUGGUGCAAUGUGACACAGAACUUCAACUAUUGAAACUAGUAAGAACAAUUGUGGAUUACAUAUAUGAUGUAUAUUUUACAGAUUUAGAAAUAACAUCAUACGCAUCACGAAUUUCAAAGCAUUCCUUGAGUUCUUGGUUGAUUGGAAUUGGAAGUUACCAAGAAGUCUUCCAGAUUCUCAGCAAGAGCAUACAUGAGGGAUUGGCAAUCAAUGAUUCUUGUGAUGCUUUUCUUCCAGGUGACAAUGAUCCUCAUUGGUUGGUCCGUAUGGGUGAGGGAAAUUCAGUGUAUUUCACUGUGCCUGAGAAUUGUCGCAUGAAGGGAAUGGCUUUGUGUGUUGUUUAUUUAACAAACCCUAAAAACACAGCAGCUGAAUGUCUUAUUUAUGUCUUAAUGGUUAAUUACACGAAGUGUUCCAUCAAGAUAUACAAGCAAGAUACAGUAAUUUCCUUCAAUGAUGUAGAUUGGCAGGGCAUCAUAUCACAUUUGGAACCUGGAGACAAGGUGAAGAUUUUCGUGACUUUUGGGCAUGGAUUUGUGGUCAAGAAGACAGCUGUCUAUCUUAUAAGAACUUUGGGAGAACCCUCAGGCCCUUUGACUAGUUCCAAGCGAACACUAAAAUGUUGGAGUCACUACCCACACCACUCGUGCAGCUGAGAGACAUGUGAAAGGCUAAUUCAGAAGAAUCUUGGGAGAACCACACCACAAAAGCUAACUGAUGUAGUUGGCGAACCUAAAGCGUUAUAAACCUCGCAUUAGUGUUCCAUACUUUCAAUUGUAACCAUUAUCCAUUUUUUAAUCCAUGCAAGCAUCCAUCGAUACUUUGCUAGAAAAUUUGUUUGUACUUUGCAAACACAAAAUUCACUGACAGAACUGCAAGCAAUAGCAAAGCGAUUAUUUGGGGAAGCUCUAAUUUGAGAGAACUACCUUUAAUCGAAUAAAAUAUUUUUGGUGAAUUUGAGAGAA